AUGGGUAACGGAAUUACGAAGCUGAGUAAAUGUUUCACCGGCGGAGGAGAAAGUCGUCGGAAAAAAGAGAUGACGAUUAUGGAACCGGAUCCUCUCGACGAAGGUUUAGGCCACUCCUUCUGUUACGUUCGACCCGACCCGACCCGAAUUUCGUCUUCCAAAGUUCACUCAGAGGAAGACACGACGACGACGACGUUCCGUACGAUCUCCGGUGCAUCGGUGAGUGCCAACGCCGCCACUCCGCUCUCCACUUCUCUCUACGAUCCGUACGGUCACAUCGAUCGAGCCGCCGCGUUCGAGAGCACGACGUCGUUUUCCUCGAUCCCUCUGCAGCCGAUUCCCAGAAGCUCCGGUCCGAUUGUGCCCGGUUCGGGCCCGUUGGAGAGAGGAUUUCUCUCGGGUCCGAUCGAGAGAGGAUUUAUGUCCGGUCCGCUUGACGGUUUAGGUUUGUUCUCCGGUCCGCUUGAUAAAACCGGCACCGAAUCCAAUCAAUUCCAGCGUAGCUUCUCUCACGGUUUAGCUAUCCGGGUCGGGUCAAGAAAAGGAGCUUUAGUUCGGGUUCUCCGUCGAGCAAUCUCAAAGACGAUUAACCGAGGACAGAACUCGAUCGUCGCUCCGAUUAAAACGGUCAAAGAACCCGAUUGGGUAUUCGGGUCGGAUAAAACCCGGAACCAGCACCAUCACCCACAACAACACCACAACGAGAAUCUCACCGUGAAUAGCUUGAAUUUCAGUAGCGAAGGGAGCUUACUAGACGACGACGUUUCGCUCGAAAGCCAGAAUCUUCAGUGGGCUCAAGGGAAAGCCGGCGAGGAUCGUGUACACGUCGUCGUAUCGGAAGAACACGGAUGGCUCUUCGUCGGAAUCUACGAUGGAUUCAACGGUCCCGAUGCGCCGGACUAUCUCCUCUCUCAUCUAUACCCCGCCGUUCAUCGCGAGCUCAAAGGAUUGCUAUGGGACGAUCCAAAAACGGACUCGAACUCUCACGAUCCUUCCUCCGACUCCGUCGUCGAUCCUUGCCCGAGCGGAAACUGUGAUUCGAGCUCGAAGAACGAUGAUCGGACGUCGAGGAAAUGGGAGGAGAGUCAACGACGGUGGAGAUGCGAAUGGGAUCGAGAAAGACUCGACCUCGACCAUCUACUCAAGGAAAAAAUCAACCGGGGGUCGAACCCGAACCCGGAUCCGGAUCCGAACUCUUCGGAUGUUUUGAAGGCUCUGUCACAAGCUCUGAGGAAGACGGAAGAAGCUUACCUAGAGAAUGCAGAUAUGAUGCUCGACGAAAAUCCUGAACUAGCUUUAAUGGGCUCUUGCGUUUUGGUGAUGCUGAUGAAAGGUGAAGACGUUUACUUGAUGAAUGUUGGUGAUAGCAGAGCAGUGCUUGGGCAGAAAGCCGAGACAGAGUACUGGAUAGGGAAGAUAAAGCAAGAUUUAGAACGGAUCAACGAAGAGACGAUGAACGAUUUCGACGGAGAACGAGCUAGUUUGGUCCCGAAUCUAUCGGCUUUUCAACUUACAGUUGAUCAUAGCACAAAUGUAGAAGAGGAAGUUGAUAGAAUAAGAAAAGAGCAUCCUGAUGAUGCGAGCGCGGUGUCGAAUGAACGUGUUAAAGGCUCAUUGAAGGUGACGAGAGCUUUUGGCGCCGGUUUUCUCAAGCAGCCUAAAUGGAACAAUGCACUUCUUGAAAUGUUCCAAAUCGAUUACAAAGGAACAAGUCCUUACAUCAAUUGCUUGCCGUCACUAUACCAUCAUAGACUAGGCUCGAAAGACCGGUUUCUGAUACUAUCCUCGGAUGGUCUCUACCAAUACUUCACCAACGAAGAAGCGGUUUCAGAAGUCGAGCUCUUCAUCGCGUUGCAGCCCGAAGGCGACCCGGCUCAGCAUUUGGUUCAAGAGCUUCUUUUCCGUGCGGCCAAGAAAGCUGGUAUGGACUUCCAUGAACUGCUUGAGAUACCACAAGGGGAACGGAGACGGUACCACGAUGAUGUUUCCAUUGUAGUAAUCUCUUUAGAAGGAAGAAUGUGGAAAUCUUGUGUAUAA